GCGGGCAGCGGCCUGAGGGGCGGCGGAGCAUGGGGGGGGCUCCUCUGAGGGACAGGCCCCCUCUGAGGGCUCGGUCUGGGGACGGGUCCCACCCCCCGAGGGGCUGCUUCAGCUCAGGGGCGCUGUGGGGACACCACCGAGGGGCUGUGUUGGAUAUGACCGUCCCGAAGGGUCUGCGUGUGUGAGGCAGCGGGACGCAGCUCCACCGAGCGGCUGCGGAUGGAGUGAGGGGUGCCCUCAGCAGGGCGUGUAUCUCCGCUUGCAGCCAUGAUGCCCGUGGCCACCGUGAUGCCCGAUGACACGCCCAUGUUUGACCCCAGGAUCCUGCAGGAACUCGACUGGAGCGAGAACACCACGACCUUUUCUCCUGCUAUUUCUCCGCUGGAUCCAGGGGAUGGGCUGGUCCUGAGACCACUUUGCACAGCUGAUUUAAAUCGAGGUUUUUUUAAGGUUCUGGGUCAGCUGACGGAAACGGGAGUGGUGAGCCCGGAGCAGUUCAUCAAAACCUUCGAGCACAUGAAGAGGUCUGGAGAUUACUACGUCACCGUGGUGGAGGACACCAACCUGGGGCAGAUCGUUGCCACGGCAACGCUGGUCAUAGAACACAAAUUCACUCACUCCUGUGCCAAGAGAGGCAGGAUAGAAGAUGUGGUGGUCAGCGGGGAGUGCAGAGGGAAGCAGCUUGGAAAACUAUUAACGUCCACCCUCACCUUGCUAAGUAAGAGACUGAACUGUUACAAAAUCACGCUGGAGUGUCUGCCCAAAAAUGUGGAUUUCUACAAGAAGUUUGGCUAUUUGGUAUCUGAUGAAAACUACAUGUUUCAACGGUUCUUUAAUUAACAGCUUCUGGGUGUUCUGGGUUCUUUUUUUUUUUCUUGAAAAGACUGUUGGUGGAGGAGCUUGUGCUACAAACAUUCUCUCCGUGGAAAAUUUCUAUAGUUUAUUGCUGCAGAUAUAACAAUCCCUAUAAUGAACAUCAAAUGUGUAAAUCUUGGGGAAAAAAAAAAUUACUGAGGUUUUAGAAAGAGUCCUCUGGGUUAGAAAAUAAGUUUAGAACUAAUUUUUACUACUGUUGAGUGGAGGUGAAGCUUUUCUGUUCUAGCUGAGUUACAAAGGACUCGUUAAAGGGAUGGUUUUUAACCAAAGGUAUAUAUUUUUAUCUCAAA